CUUGCACGACAGACCUUUCAGCUUUGGACAUGGAACUGAGUAUAGGCGAGGGCGGAGUGUCAGGAGCGCAUUCUUCCCUUCACGGUAGGCGAGUCUUCUUCCAUUCUCUUCAUCAGCUAUCACCAGUCUUGCUUGCACGAGGAGUAAAGGAUAGUGCGAAAGACAUAUCUGGAGACAUGCGCCUUCUCCUGCACGCAUAGCUGGACCUCAGGCCCAUCCACCGAGCAAGUCACGACCUUACGAUGACGACGAAUAUCACGAUUCCCGCGCCCAUCUCAUGGACACCUUCAGCGUAUUGGGACGGCAACGAUGGUACUUGGAACAGCUUCAUCGUUCAAGUAGGAACACCGCCGCAAGAGUUCAGAAUCCUGCCUUCGACGGCAGAUCAGGAAACAUGGAUACCGGUGUCGGAAGGAUGUACAGCAGCUUCGCCAGAUGAUCCAGGUUACUGCGGUUUUUUGCGAGGAACACUACCGGUCAACGGCGUGAACAGUUCCGGCUUUGCAACGAAUGAGACCAGCUCCUGGGAGCAGAUAGGGAGUGGUAUCUACACGCUCAAUUCUCAGGAAGCGGAGCUCGGAUAUGGAGGCAAUGGGCUCUAUGGCUUCGACACCGUGGUAUGGGGAAACUCUAGUGACGCGCCGAGCCUUGAGAGGCAGGUCGUAGCUGGUAUUGCAGAUCCCUCCUUCUGGCUAGGCAUCGCUGGGAUAGGCCCGAAGCCGAUCAACUUUACAGAGUUCAAUGAUCCGAUUGACAGCUUUUUGAGCACGCUCGUCAACGACAACAAGAUUGCGUCCUUAUCAUGGGCAUACACCGCAGGAGCAUCAUAUCGAGACCAAAGUCCGGCGUCCCUGACCCUGGGCGGAUACGACAGGAACAGAAUCCAAGGCAACGGAAAGUCAUUCGACAUGGACGCUGAUAAUUCUCGGCCUCUCCAAGUUGCUGUGACAGCUGUGACAGGGCAAAACACUCUGAAUGGAACUAUAACCCUUUGGGAGUCUGCAACCAUGCACUUUAUCGACUCUACUGUGCCUCACAUCUGGGUGCCUGAAGAUAGCAUCGGGUUAUGGACUUCUGCCUUUGGCUUGACCUACGAUAACACAACAGACCUCUACGUGGUCAACGAGACAAUACACGAUCAGCUUCUGGAGCUCAACCCAACCAUCACGUUCACCCUGGGUUCUAACACCGGCGCUACCGUCAGCGAUUCGCAAACUAUCAGACUGCCUUACGCAGCAUUCGACCUCGAAGCGACCUAUCCCUUCUACCAGAAUGCCACGAGAUACUUUCCCAUCCGCCGUGCGGCCAAUCAUACGCAGUACACGAUCGGCAGGACGUUCUUCCAAGAAGCGUACGUGAUAGCAGAUUUCGGACGCAACAACUUCACAGUUGCUCAAGCCAGCUUCGACAAUCUGGACACGGAGAGCUUAGUGGCUAUUGACAAGCCGCCUGCGAACAGCACUUCCUCAUCUCAAAAAGAGCCGUCUUCGAGCGGUCUCGGCGGCGGCGCAAUAGCUGGCAUAGUCAUCGGCGCAGUCGCUGGCUUAGCCAUAAUCGGACUCCUACUCUGGUUCUUCGUCUUCCGCAAGAAGCGCGUCGAAACACCGGACGAAAACGUCGAAGACUCAGCAUACCAAGCAGACCAGAAACCUCCGCUCCUCCAGCACGAUUCCGAACUGCCGGCAGACAACACCGCUGUCAACGAAGCUUACGGCAGCAAAGUUAUGAUGUACCAGGAAAUGGAAAGCCUGCCUGUGCACAGCGAAGUUCAUGGCGAUCCUGCGAGAUGGGGCAAGAAUGGCGUGCAAGAGUUGCACACUCCGCCAAUCCCUGGCAAUGCAGGUUAUGGCAUGCAAGAACUCGGGGCACAAGCUGUUGGCCACGAGAGUGGAUAUCUAGCUGAGGCGCCUGGAAGUGAAGGCAGAAGAGCAGAGCUUCCUGCGAAUGAACCUAUUGAUAGAAAGUAAUGAUGACUUGGUAUGCAGUACAAGACAAUGAGACGGUUAUUAGAUGUACAUAUUUACCUACCCCAAUCCCAGACCCUCCUUUCCAUCGUACACG